GUUCCACUGCCGAACGCAACGAUGGCGACUCAAAUGAAUCAAGAGACCAAGGCCAACCGCCAUAGGUGGCUUGUUGUCAGAACUCGCUGCGUUGUCGAGAUUCCCACCAUAGAAACUUGCUGUUCCUUUUGGUGCAACAAAACGCACGAUGCCUGGCGCACGUCGCAUGUUUUUGCCACGUCGAACGCGCUAGUGUCAUGAAGAAGAUUGCCAUUCCCCAAUUCACCAUGUACGCUCUGUUUGUCGCAGCUCGCAGCGUCAUCUCGGACAGCAACCGCGAAUGCCAGAUGAACAAGAAGCACUGUCGCCUGUGUCGAAAGCGCUUCAACCCGUUCCGCCGACGUAACUCGUGCGCCGUGUGCCACGAAUGCUUUUGCAGCAACUGCAUCGAAGACGACAACGUUGUGGGCGAGCCCCCCAUGUGCCUCUACUGCGCCGACUCGUCCCAGCAACGCUUGCGCAUGGCGUCCCCCAGCCAAGAAAAGGGAACGUUCUUUAUUACGUUCGAAGACCCUCGACUGUCUUGCAGUUCAUCGGUCGAGCGAUACUCCCUCGACAUCAUGAAGGGCAGCCAUUUGUCUCGCCGCACAUCGAGCAUCGCGACGGCCUCGUCGGACUUCACAGACGUCGAUGAGUUGUAUCGGUUUUCCGACGACUUGUGGCCAUCCGACUGCAUUGUUCUCAAAGACAUCGUGCCUCGGCACUUUGCAAAGCCCUCCCGCGCCACGAGCGGGCAUCGGAGAUCCGGCCAGUGGCACUUCUAGGGCCACCAGCACACCAUUCCUUCGACCCAACCAUUGGAAGUUGCGUCGACUUAUUAACUUAACUAACUUAUUCCUUUUCAACUUGAUCAACAUGGAGUUCGAUUGAGUCGGGCGACUGUCGCCACAACCGUGGAUCGUAGAACGCUUGCA